AUGAUCUACUGUCCAGAUGAACUGGUAUGGUUGGAAGAGGAUGAAGAUGGUAUUGAUCCGGCGUAUUUCUCACGAUUUUGCAGUAUCUGCAAUCGCGAUGCUCCGAUUAGAAGUCACCACUGCCCCAUAUGUAAAAUUUGUGUCCUUCGGAAGGAUCAUCACUGCUUUAUAACUGGCGCAUGUGUUGGACUCGGAAACCAACGCUAUUUCAUCACAUUUCUUUUUUGGUGCUGUAUAGGACUGAUAGCUGGAACGCGCUACACCUUUGUAUACUUGUACCGAGCCUCUUCAGAAGGGUAUGCGUAUAAUUCCUACUGUUUAGCCUUUCCUUCCCUACAUUAUCGCUAUUUCAGCUUCCCACUAGGUUGCCGUUGGACGAUGGAUCAUGGUUAUACAGGUUUCCUACAUGCCUUCGUGUGUACAGUAUUUUCAUUCAUGCUUGCUAGCAUUGUAGCAGCAGGAGCAUUCUUUGGCAUGCAGAUUUAUUAUACGAGCUAUGGGUACACAAUGUAUGAAUAUCAUAGCAGUGUAAGAGAUGCCUUCGAUGGUGACGGCACAACUCUUGGUGAGAGGUUCCGCCUGAUUUUCGGUCGUUACUGGUUAUUGAAUUUUUUGUUUCCACUCUGCUGGAGUCCCCAACUACUCACAACUGAAAUCGCGACUAACUUGUUUCGUGUGAGAAGUAAACAGCUUUAG